AUGCUGAAGGGUACAAUGACUGGUUUUGUGCAAAAUGUUUUAAGGAAGGCAGACAUUGCCCAGGUGGAUGCGGUUGCGGUUGCAGUUCCGCAUAUCCCAAUAAUGCGGUGGAUGCUCAGAGACCAUCUCAAAGGACAGAUCAACGAUAGCCCGCAAGAAGUUGCAAGCAUGUCCCUAGAGGCUAGCACGCAAAAGCAGCCCGGGCAAGAGGUGGGGGCCAUCAACCUGGGCAAGACACGUGACAACACCUGGGGGGUCCAAUAA